CCUUCCGAGGCGCGUUUCGUAAGAAGGGAGCCCGGGACUCCGUGGGGUUGGGCGGCGGGGAGAGGAGGGGGAAGAAGCGGCGGCGCGUUCUUUCCGCGGGGCCAUGUCGGGGCCUGCAGCUGCUGCCGCCGCCGGCAUAGUUGUUAGGAUUUUGGACAAACGUAUUCCUUCUGCUGUGCGUGCAAGUGGAGGACCAUGCCGGUUCAUGAACAGGAGGAUGUGCAGCAAAACCCAAGCAGAGAACGUGCAGAAGCCAAAACCCCAGGCUUCAGCCUCUUUCAAAGUUCCAGGACAUAAGCCCACUGACUGGGACAAGAAGUUGUUGCUAUGGACGGGCCGUUUCAAGAAAGCAGAAGAUAUACCAGAAACAGUGUCGUUUGAGAUGGUUGAUGCAGCAAGGAACAAGAUGCGUGUGAGGAUCAGCUACGCAAUGAUUGCCUUGACAAUCAUGGGCUGCAUAAUGAUGGUCAUUCUGGGGAAGCAGGCUGCUGAGAGGCACGAAUCCCUGACGAGCCAGAACCUGGAGAAAAAAGCCCGCUGGAGAGAGGAAGCUGCUCAGAGUGUCUCUGCCAAACCAUAGUCAAGUGGAAGGACAAUACUUCAGAAGGCACAAGAUGUAUUGUUACCUUUUAAUUAUAGAGGAGGAGGAGGGGUUUGAGAGAAUGCAUAUUCAUUAGUCAAGGGGUGUUUUCGAGCUUCUAGAAAAUAAAAUUAUUUUGUGGUAA